UCUUGUUUCUUAGCUAUAUUCCCACCACUCGUUUCUACACACAUCUCAAAACCCCUUCUUCUUCAUUCCCAUUUCCCGCACUCUCUCUUUCUCGCCUCUGAAGUCACUGAUCAUUCUAUCACUUCCCGAUUCUUCUAUUUAUCUCCUUCUUUUCCUGUUCAUGGGUUGAGCUGGAUUUCUCAUUCUUCUUCAUGGAGUGGGACAGCAAUUCCGAUAUCAGCGGCGACGAGGAUGACAGUUUCAUGCUCAACGAUGCUGGCCCUCUUCCCUUCCCCGUCGGAAACUUGCUCCAAACGGCGCCGUGUGGGAUUGUCGUCACCGACGCACUCGAGCCGGACCAUCCUAUUAUAUAUGUCAAUACUGUCUUCGAGAUGGUCACUGGGUAUCGGGCAGAGGAAGUGCUUGGUCGCAACUGCCGUUUUUUGCAGUAUCGAGGUCCAUUUGCUAAGAGAAGGCAUCCAUUGGUGGACUCAGCAGUAGUUUCAGAAAUCAGGAGAUGCCUUGAGGAGGGGAUCGAGUUCCAAGGUGAGUUGCUGAACUUCAGGAAAGAUGGAUCUCCACUGAUGAACAGAUUGCGGUUGACACCUAUAUAUGGGGAUGAUGAGACUAUAACACAUGUCAUUGGAAUUCAGUUCUUCGCAGAAGAAAACAUUGAUCUUGGUCCUGUCCCAGGUUCUACAAUUAAGGAACCUGCUAAGCCAUCUGAUCAAUUUAUUUUUUCUGCCCUUGCCUCAUUACGUCCUCUUCCAACAGGGGACCGUAAUGUUUCUCGUGGAGUUUGUGGGAUAUUGCAGUUGAGUGAUGAGGUGUUGUCUCUGAAGAUACUUUCUCGCUUAACUCCAAGAGAUAUUGCAUCGGUUGGCUCUGUUUGUAGGCGAUUGUAUGAGCUAACAAGAAAUGAAGAUCUUUGGAGAAUGGUAUGUCAAAAUGCAUGGGGAAGUGAAACUACACGUGUUUUAGAGACUGUGCCUGCUGCAAGAAGACUUGGAUGGGGUAGGUUGGCAAGGGAAUUGACAACUCUUGAAGCUGCAGCUUGGAGAAAGUUGACUGUUGGGGGUGCUGUUGAACCCUCACGCUGUAAUUUUAGUGCUUGUGCGGCUGGCAAUAGAGUUGUCCUAUUUGGUGGUGAAGGGGUUAACAUGCAACCUAUGAAUGACACCUUUGUGUUAGAUCUCAAUUCUAGUAAUCCUGAGUGGCAGCACGUCCAGGUGAGCUCUCCUCCCCCUGGUCGUUGGGGCCAUACACUUUCUUGUGUUAAUGGUUCUCAUUUGGUUGUAUUUGGAGGCUGUGGAAGGCAGGGCUUGCUCAAUGAUGUGUUUGUGCUGGACCUGGAUGCAAAGCCUCCCACUUGGCGUGAAAUUUCUGGAUUGGCACCCCCACUUCCUAGAUCAUGGCAUAGCUCUUGUACUCUUGAUGGAACUAAGUUGAUAGUUUCUGGUGGCUGUGCAGAUUCUGGAGUGCUUUUGAGUGAUACAUUCCUGCUCGAUCUGUCAAUGGAGAAACCUGUUUGGAGGGAGAUACCAGUUGCAUGGACCCCACCAUCUCGUCUGGGCCACAGUCUGUCUGUUUAUGGUGGCAGGAAAAUACUGAUGUUUGGGGGUCUGGCCAAGAGUGGGCCCUUGCGGUUCCGCUCUAGUGAUGUAUUCACAAUGGAUUUGAGUGAGGAGGAGCCAUGUUGGAGAUGUGUAACUGGGAGCGGGUUGCCUGGAUCGGGGAAUCCUGGGGGCAUAGCUCCUCCACCUAGACUUGAUCAUGUGGCGGUCAGUCUUCCUGGCGGGAGAAUUCUGAUAUUUGGAGGGUCUGUUGCAGGUCUUCAUUCUGCCUCACAGCUCUACAUCCUGGACCCAACUGAUGAGAAGCCUACUUGGAGAAUUUUAAAUGUGCCAGGGCACCCUCCAAGAUUUGCUUGGGGACAUAGUACUUGUGUUGUUGGAGGGACAAGAGCUAUCGUACUGGGUGGUCAGACUGGAGAGGAAUGGAUGCUAAGCGAGCUCCAUGAGCUUUCUCUGGCCAGUUCUUUGACCUAAAAAUCUAGUGAAUAAACAAACUGCAUGCUGUAGUGAAGGGAAAUACCAUGAUGCGCUGAUAAGAAGUUGUGAAAUCAUUCCAAGCAUCAAUUGUUGGCAUAGGUGUUGGUUGUUCUGAUAACUCCGGACAAGCAAGGCUUUGGUCAGAACGUUUGUAUUCUUGUGUUAAAAAUGCAUUUUCAUGUAUAUGUUUAAGUUCUGGCUCGGAGAAGAGCUUGUCACGAGUGACAUGAGACCUUAAUUGUUUUUUUCCAAGGGUUCUGUGAGACGUUGCCCGUCAGAACGUACAAUGAAAUAUUCUUCUCAAUUAGAUCAUUGUUAGUGUCUGAUAGUAAGUAGGGUAUAUUAUAUGUCAUUAGAGUUAGUUCUCGCUUCUUUCCCUGUGUUGUUGUAUAGGUGGAAUUCUGUAAGUCGAACAAUGAAUUGGAGGGGGGAAGUCCAUGUUCAUAGGAAGGUCAUUAAAUUGGGUAUUUAUGUUGUUAAUGUGUUUGAAUGUGGAUAGAAAGACCCCCUAUUUUGGGACAAGAAAACUAGUGGAAGAUUUGUGGUGAGUCCA